AUGGGUGCAGCUGGAGGUGGAUUGUCCAAUCAGGCACUUUCCAAAGUACCUGCUGAGGUCAAGAAGCCUAUAAUUUGGCUCUGUGCCAUUUGGGCUUCUUACUGUGGUGCUCUUCAUGGAUUCAAUACGUCCAACAUUGCAGGUGUGAUGGGUAUGUCGACUUUUAGACAGGAAUUUGGAUGGGACCAUCUUUCAUCAGGAACUGUAGCAAACUACAGAGGAUGGGUGACUUCUUCAUUGCUUCUGGGUCAAACGGCUGGGAUCUUGCUGGCUGGACCUAUCAUGGAGACUCGCGGCCGCAAAGUCAUCAUCCUCAUGGCUGCAGUCACGUACACAAUCGGUUCUUUGCUGAUGGCAGUGAACUUCGGAUCCUUGGCUGAACUGCUCGACGGUCGCGUCGUGUCUGGUCUUGGAUCUGGCAUGGCCUACUCGGCAGGUCCAUGCUAUCUGUCGGAAAUCGCCCCUGCUGAGCUGCGUGGCAUGUUAAGCACCUUCUACAAUGCUGGCAUCAUGUCCAGCAUAGCUGGAGCAUAUUGGAUAAACUUCGCUUCUUCUCAAAUCCUCACUGAUAAGUUUCAGUGGGUAGUCCCCAUGGUUUUGCAGAUGAUCCCUUCGACCGUGUUGAUUCUUGGGUACCCUUUCGUGCCAGAAAGCCCACGUUUUCUUGCAAUGAGAGGCCAAUUGGAAGCGGCCCACCAGACCCUCUCACGCAUUCGAGGUGGUUUAGAUGAUUCUCACGAGUAUUUUGCGAACGAGUGGAGCGAUCUUAGCCGCCAUAUCCAAUCUCAAGCCGAAGAGAAUAUCUUCCGAGCCUCCGUGAUCUUGCUUAAAAGGGUCUGGACUGAAAAGCCAGUCCGCAAGAUUUUGAUUUUUGUAUUGAUCAUCCAAACCUUUUUCAUCAUGUCUGGUGGCAACUCAAUUACAUACUACUCCCCAAAUAUCCUCAAAUCAGUUGGCUUCGACUCCGAAAAAGUGCUGCUCUUUACAGCCGUGUACGGCCUAAUCAAGUUCCUGUCCGUCUUCAUAUACGCCAUCUUCUUGACUGAACGAUUUGGUCGCCGGCCAUUACUUCUCAUUGGGGCAACCAUUAAUUUGAUCUGUCUAAUUUACCUCUCCGCAUAUCUCGGCAAAGCAAACAUCACAACAGCCUCAGAACAUGCCUCUCCGGCGGCGGUCGUUGCCGUCGUCAGUCUGUGUGUCUUUGCCGUGGGUUAUGGAAUUGGUUGGGGGCCUUCCUUCUCGUUGGCUGCCUCGGAAAUUUGCCCGACGGCGAUUCGUGGUCCUGUGGUGACUCUGGCGUUUGUCUACCAGAACCUCUUGAGCUUCGGCAUUACUCGCGGGUUCCCUAAUAUGACUGAGGCUAUGCAUCCUUACGGACCUUUUGCCCUCUUCUCUGCAUGCACCUUUUGUGGCAUCAUUUGGGUCUUCUUUUCGUUCCCGGAGUGUCGAGGGCGAAGUAUGGAAAGCACAGAGACACUUUUUAUUCUCCCAUGGUACAAGAUUGGUUUUGCACCAGUUGAGGAUCAGUUCGUUUAUACCCUUCCGGAUGACGAGAAAGAGAGAACACAUGAACAUAAAGAGGACAUCGCUUCCAAGUCUGAUGUGUGA